AGGGUUUUGAACAGAAGGUAACUACUAGUACUAGUAGUUACUAAGUGGUUUAGGUUUUGAUGCUUCAUCUGCUAGUCAACAAAGGCAGGUUAUAGUUACAAAUACAAAGAAGAUCAUGGCCUCCCGUGGUGGUCGGUACUUGCUCUUGCCUGCUUGGUCAGGGCAUAGUCGGCAGCAGUUUAGACGUACAGCCGCUGCCGGGCUCGGUGCGUACUACGUCUAUUUUGGGAUGGUUCUUUAUGAUUUACGGGGAGAUCGGUAUUCCGAUUGGAUUAUUUGGAUAAGUAGUCGUGUGAACAAGACCACAUCCACCUGGUGUUGGGCCUCUCUUCUAGAUCUAGUCGAGAAGUCCCAGAUCUUCUUGGUAAAAACAAGUGUUUCACCUUAAAUGGAUACAUAAUUUUUCAGGUAAACUGCAAAUUUGAUUACCUAGAAGAAGCAAGUUCUUCUAAUUUGUAUACCAAAAGUCCCGGCAAAACGACAACUUGGCGGAUACUCUCAGUGAGGAAGAGAGGCUUAAGAUUUUUGACCAAAUCGCAGGAAAGUGGGAUCGCAUAGUAUUUUGGGAUGAGUUUUUCAAUCGCGUGUGGUGGUAUCGACGCCGACUGAUACGAAGUUACGCUAGUCAUGGCGAUGUGUUGGAAGUCGGCUGUGGGACAGGAGCAAACCUUGGCUAUUACCAAUGGAGGAAAAGGACGAGAAAUAGUGGUCAUGAUGAUCUUGUUAAACAAGGAAACGGUUCCGGUUGGUCAUCAUCUUCAUGGUCAUCGCUUCAUCAAAAAGAUCAAUAUGGGGUGAACUCGCUGACUCUACUCGAUUACUCGGAGUCUAUGCUUGCAGAGGCAAGUGUAAAAGUUGCGCAAUUGCCUGGAGACCAAGAGAAGGCGAAUAUACGACUAGUCCGUGGAUCCACCUUGGAUUUGAAGCGAAUGGAGGAAUUUGAUUCGACCGCGAGGAAGCGCUGUAGUGAGUCGCAAGACUUUGCUAGUACAACUGAUGCUGAUAGUUGUGAAAGUGAUCAUCCACAGCACAGGAGGUCGUCGUGUUCGGAUCCUGCCUGUAGUUCUCUUUACUCCUCUCGCGACUCCACCUGUACGACUCCUCGUACAAGAACUACAUCAUGCGACACCAGAGGUCAUCAGGUAGUUGACGCGGAGGAAUACACGCCUUCAUCUUCUUGUAGUAGUGAGGAUCACGACAUCAGCACCGAUCCACCGAGACGGGAACUGCAGAAGUUCGAUACUUGCGUAGAAACUUUCGGCUUGUGUAGCUACGGCGAACCUUUGAAAGCCUUACGUGAGAUGUGGUCCAUCCUUCGUCCCGGUGGCCGUCUUGUCUUGCUCGAGCACGGACGACCAAAAGAGGGCAUGCUUGGGAUUGUGCGAUACCUUAGCGAAAUCUCCAUGCGACGAAACUUACAUCUUUUCGGAUGCAACGCGAACUUGGAUAUUCAAGGAUUAGUCAAGGAGGCGUUAGAAGGCGAAGCUUAUAGUUACCUGCUGAUGGAGAGGAAGCAGUUUGGGCAUAUAUAUCUGUUUGUGAUUGAGAAACAGGGUAAUUGUAGUAGCUCUUCGUGUCAACGAUCUCCGUGUUGA